AUGCGCAAGGCCCCUGCGAGCGUUGAGAAAAUAAACGGGGACGAUCUGCAGCCAACGCCCAGAAACAAACGAAGGACGAGCGGGAACUGGCGGCAGCCCUGCUCCCCGCCGGGUUCUAGUGCAGAGGUAGACUGCCCUGCACGUGAACCUCCCACAGUUGAAUUGCACACUAGACGGCGCCUCUUCGUCUCAACCAGAGACAAACGUGCUACCCCGUCUGUGGCCUACAUACGCAUGUGUGGCAUGCGCUAUCUUGCCAAGCCUGCGUUUGCCCUAAACUGCUCGUUUCUCUUCCCUCGUCAGCCCUGGCGAGCGCGCAUCUCUCUUAACUGUAGUCUUCAACAUCGGGGUCAGCAUCGAAUCCCCCAGAGCCUUUGGGGGUGGGUAACUGUGCAAACCAGUGUGCAUUAA